AGGCCAGGAAGCCAGGGAACUGGACAAGAUGACGCCAAAACAAGAAACAGGAGAACGGAAGGGAAAAUGCCCUCCUCUCUCUAACAUCAUCCGAAGAUCAGCCCGUGUAAAGACCAGAAGCUAUGAUCCCAUUUGGCCAUGGGCCCCCCCUCGCCCCUCCCUGCUUCCUCUUCUCAUUCUUUUAUUAAGCUUUGGCCUUCGAUUCCAAGUCCACGUUCAACUCCACUCUCUCCCUCUCCCUGUCCCUCACAAGUAACAACAACAAAGUAAUGGAGCCACCCAUCAACAGUAAAUGCAUUGAGGCUCAAACGGGCACUUCCUACUCCACAGACACUCCCUCACGAUCAGGCUCAUGCUCGGAGAAAGUCGGAGCGCCAGAGUGUGGUUCUAGUGACUCCAAGAAGCAAAAGGGUCGGUCCCGGAAUGGCCCGAGCUCGGACGGCGGCCCGAAUUACCGCGGGGUACGGCAGCGCCAAUGGGGCCGGUGGGUGUCUGAGAUCCGGGAGCCGAGGAAGAAGUCGAGGAUCUGGCUGGGGACGUUCCAGACGGCGGAGAUGGCGGCCCGGGCCCACGACGUGGCCGCGCUCACUGUCAAGGGCCGGUCGGCCCACCUCAACUUCCCUGAGCUGGCCGAGCUGCUCCCCCGGCCCGCGAGCAAGUCGGCCAAGGACAUCCAGGCGGCCGCGGCCCUGGCCGCCACGAUCAGCUUCCCGGGCAGCGAUGGAGCCGCGGGGGAGGCCAGGCUGAGCCGGCCGCAAUCCCCGGACGCCACGGUGGAGUCAUUCGACACCCAGGAGUCGGCGAAUUCGCCGUUGGACGACACCUUCAUCAACCUGCCGGAUCUUUUGGUGGACUUCAGCAACAGAAUGGAUGAGCUCUGCAUGUCAUUCACAUGGCAAGAGGAAGAUGGCACAAGGUUUAGCCCCGGAGACGACCCUUUUCUCUGGAAUUAGCCAUCAUUACCAGCUCAAUCGGGCCUCGUUGGGAUUGAGUCCAGCUUAUAAUUGAGACACACAAGCACCUCAAUUAGCUGCCAACAGAAAAUGAAUGAUUGGGUACAUGCGAGUUGCAGUAGAAUUGAGUGAUGAUGAUAGGAACAGAACAGCCCUUUUUUUUUUCUGUCAUCUUGAGCUGUUGUUUCAAAAGGUAGUUUAUUUUGGAUCUUUCUUGUUUCUUUUUGGGCAUGAGAGUGUAUAUAAGUUCGUCAUUCCUUGUACAUGUUUCUGGAAAAUGCAUCAUCUUCUGCUGAUCCUGAUCUUCCUCACGCAGCUUAAGAAAGCCAAUUGCCCUGC